AGCUGUCCCGGCACAGCCUGCACUGAGGAACUUUGCAGUGGAGGCAGCCUCAGCGCCCCCGACGCUACUGUCCCGCCCAGGCUGCAGGUCCGCAGGGCGCUCGCGUGGGCCUCAGGCGGCUGGAGCCCGGGACUGCGGAAUCUGUGCCUGCGGGUGCCGGCGCGGUCCCCAGCCCGGGAGAGCGCUCCCCCCGCGCCCGCCGCGCGCGCCUUCGCCGCCGGCCCGCGCGCUCUCCCGCCGCCGCCGGAACAUGGCCGCGCGCCCCGCCGCCGCCCUCGCCUGGUGGCUGCUGCUCUUGUGCCCCGCGCUGCUACGCGGCGGCUGCGGGGCGCGCUUUGCGGCCGAGCCCGACCCCGAUCCCGAGGAUGGUGAGGAGGAACCGCAGCCGCUCCCGGAAUCACCCCUGCAGAGGCCCACCGUGCUAGUGGCGCUGCUGGCUCGCAACGCCGCGCACACGCUGCCGCACUUCCUCGGCUGCCUGGAGCGGCUGGACUACCCCAAGGGCAGGAUGGCCAUCUGGGCAGCCACGGAUCACAAUGUGGACAACACAACGGAGAUCCUCAGGGAAUGGCUGAAGAGUGUGCAGCGAGACUAUCACUAUGUGGAGUGGAGGCCCAUGGAGGAGCCUGAAUCUUACCCUGAUGAAAUUGGACCAAAGCACUGGCCAAGCUCUCGGUUUGCCCAUGUUAUGAAGCUCCGACAGACUGCUCUUCGGACCGCAAGGGAGAAGUGGUCAGACUACAUCCUGUUCAUUGAUGUCGACAACUUCCUGACUAACCCGAAGACUCUUAGUCUGAUGAUUGCAGAAAACAAAACCAUUGUGGCCCCCAUGUUGGAGUCUCGGAGUCUCUACUCUAAUUUCUGGUGCGGAAUCACACCAAAGGGCUUCUAUAAACGGACCCCUGACUAUCUCCUGAUCAGAGAGUGGAAGAGGCAGGGCUGCUUCCCUGUGCCCAUGGUCCACUCCACGUUCCUUAUCGACCUGAGGAAGGAGGCAUCUGAGAAACUUGCGUUCUACCCCCCACACCAGGACUACACCUGGACCUUUGAUGACAUCAUUGUUUUUGCCUUCUCUAGCCGGCAGGCAGGUAUCCAGAUGUAUCUCUGUAACAGAGAGCACUAUGGCUACCUGCCCAUCCCCCUGAAGCCUCAGCAGACCCUGCAAGAGGAUGUGGAGAACCUCAUCCACGUGCAGAUCGAAGCCAUGAUUGACCGUCCUCCAAUGGAGCCUUCCCAGUUUGUCUCGGUGGUUCCUAAGUAUCCUGACAAGAUGGGAUUUGAUGAGAUCUUCAUGAUAAACCUCAAGCGCAGGAAGGACCGGCGGGAUCGGAUGCUGCGGACCCUGUAUGAACAGGAGAUCGAGGUCAAGAUCGUGGAGGCUGUGGAUGGAAAGUCGCUCAACACAAGUCAGCUGAAGGCCCUGAAUAUCGAGAUGCUACCUGGCUACCGAGACCCCUACUCCUCCAGGCCCCUGACGCGGGGGGAGAUCGGCUGCUUCCUCAGCCACCACUCUGUCUGGAAAGAGGUGAUCGAACGGGAGCUGGAGAAGAGCCUGGUGAUCGAGGAUGAUGUGCGUUUUGAACAUCAGUUUAAGAAGAAGCUGAUGAAGCUGAUGGACGACAUUGAGCGCGCCAAACUGGACUGGGAGCUGAUUUACAUUGGCAGGAAGAGGAUGCAAGUGAAGGAGCCGGAAAAAGCAGUGCCUGGGGUGGUGAACCUGGUAGAAGCUGACUACUCCUACUGGACGCUGGGCUACGUCAUCUCCCUGGAAGGGGCCCAGAAGCUGGUUGGAGCCGAUCCUUUUGGGAAGAUGCUGCCUGUGGAUGAGUUCCUGCCCAUCAUGUACAAUAAGCAUCCUGUAGCCGAGUACAAGGAGCAUUAUGAGUCCAGGGAUUUGAAAGCCUUCUCUGCCGAGCCAUUGCUCAUCUACCCCACACACUACACCGGCCAGCCUGGCUACCUGAGUGACACGGAGACCUCCACCAUCUGGGACAACGAGACAGUGGCCACCGACUGGGACAGGACCCACUCCUGGAAGUCACGCAAGCAAGGCCAGCUCCCCAGCAGCGCCAAGAACACGGAGGCCCUGCCACCCACUGCCCUGGACACAACGCCGCCCAGGGAUGAUCUCUGAGGCCCCCAGUGUGUGGAGGCCUGGCUGUCUGCUCAGCAGUCUCCUGGGUCAUGGCACUGCACCAAAGGGGUUUGAUGGGAAGGGUCAAGAUUCAUUUAUCUCCACAGGGGAGGAGAAUGGGAAAGCGAACCCCCAGUUUCUGGAGAUGGCUAGAUGAGAGACAUCAUGGCAGUUACCAUUUAGACAGCAGGCCUGAGCCCUAUCCACAACCUGUGUGCUAUAGCUCCCACUUUAGGGCUGGACCACCAACUUGGCCAAAGGGGCAGGAAUCAUACCAGUAAGUGGGUGGGCAAGGCAACCAGGCCCCCAGAUCUUGGUCUCUGUGCUCCAGCUGGAGCUCACUAGCAGGCAUGAGAGCUGUGACCUUGUUUCUAACAAGUUAGGGGCAUCAGGAGGAGGGGAAGUCAGAUCACUGAAAUACAUUGGGCUUUUUACGUAAAGGAAUUCUGUCCUGAGCCAUGCUGCAGAGAGAGCUAUCUUUUUCUUUUUUUCUUUUUCUUUUUCUUUCUUUCUUUUUUUUUUUUUAAUCUUAACCUCCUUAUCCACUAGGGAUGUUUAGAUCUGUCUAGACUUGGCCUUGACUCUCGUGGCAACUGUGAGAAGUGUCCAGAUGUCCACGUCGAUGUAGUUCAUAGAUGUUUGAGGGUAUGUAGAUAUUUGAUAGGACACAUUGGCUUGGGCUUUUACUUUUAAAAAAAAUAUAUGGCCACUUGGGUUUGGAUGCUCUAUUUAUGAAGAUAAAUUAAUAUAUUGAGGGGUCGGGGUUGGUGUAUGAGAGCUGUCCUGGGUCCCGAUGCUCUAUAUCCCAUGCCCUCCCCCCACCCUGAAGCUAGAAUCACAGCUGGGAGUUUUCUGAGACCCUGUUAAAAGGCAGAACACAUUUUCAGGUAACUGACCUCACCGGGGUUUUUCAUUCCAUUUUGAAUUUUCUAUUUUGCAAACCAUGGGGGGGGGGGGAAAUGGGUAAGUCCCAGGCUACUCUGGCCCCUGGAGGGUGGUCAGUGCAGACAACUGGGCUCAGUGUUCUGACCCCUCAACAUGCCCCCCCCAGGGAAUCCUCUGCAGGGAGGCCUGAUAGGACACUCCACAAUCAACUGGAAGGAGCUGCUUCUCCACUUCCAGUGAGAGAGAGCCCUUGUUGCAAACAUGGAUGGACAUUCAAGAUUCCUUACAACCAGGAGGCUCUCUGAGGCAGCGUCCCGGGCACACAGCCCCUCCUUCUUAGGAGACAAGUUUUCUAUAAAAUGGAUUUGGAUUUCGCUGUGGCCCCCAGCUCCAUCUUCUGCUCUGAGGGUCUCUGUUGUGGGUCACCCUUAGAUUGGUGUUCUUCACACGGCCUCCUGCCAGAAGUGGUCUCCAGCCCUGUCCUCAGUACUCAGACCCAACACCGCCAGGUUGGUCUCUGCACCCAGCCUGGGUCCCCAGGGUGACUUCAUGGAUGACAUUCCUUACGUGGACAUGCCAACAGAACAGGGAACAAGACCUUGGCUGGUGCCACCUUUUAGUACAUAGAACUUUGUCAGAGCUUGACUUUCUUUCUCUGAUGGGGUGGGAAAUGCUGGGAUAUUGGGAGUACAGGGAGACUUGAGUUGAUUUUUGGGUGCUUUUGUUUAAUGGAGAACUUCUAUUUUCUCCCCCCGCCCCAAUCAGCUGGUCUGAUGGGAGUAUGAAUUCUCACUCUUAAAGGACAUUGGUGUUUAAUUCUGGAAUUGUCAAUUAGGACUGCUAACUGUGAAUAGAUUGGCGCUGUCAGCCGGCCUCUGCUGCUCCCUGCUGGUCUGGAAUCGCAAGCCUGGCUCGUCUGCUGGGAAAAUUGUGGACAGUAGUCAGCAUCUCAGAACCCCAGGUCUCUUAAGAGCUUUACCCUUCCUACUCCCCUCUCCUCUGAAGACCUUUGUUCUGUGCAGGUUGGAACUUCUGUCCUACAGGGCACCUGCUCUCGACCUCUGUGAAUCAAUCCCCUUCUGUCUACACACACCCUGACUCUGCGGUGCUGGCACUGCUGGCUGCAGCUGAGUGGCUGAAGUCUUGCGAGGGUGGGGUGGUAUGAGGGGUGUCACACCACAUGGACUUGACCCUGGGGUCAUAAGACCCACGACAGGAACUCUGAAAACCAGAGAGGCACUCAGCUUCUCCUGCGUUUAAGACACCGGGUCUCUCCUGAGUUGGGGAGGUAAGAGCCCAUUUGCCUUCUAGAGCUUUGUGUGAAAAAUUAAAAAAGCAAAACAACAAAAAA